AUGGAGGCACGAUCCGUGGCUCGAUGCCUCCGUUUGAGGCCGACAUCUUCGCUAUACACCACGCAGCCCAUCAUCGUCCGCGGACAGAACGCCCUCCGAUACUUCUCAACAUCCAAUUCCCUCUUCCAAAGAUCUCCCGCUAGCCAGAAACAACCGAAACCUACGACCCGCGCCCCGGCCCAGGAUCAACCCAAGGUCCAAACCAGCAGCACACCAUCCGACUCCUCCGACUUCGACCGGAUCCUCAACCAACUCAACUUCAACAAUAGCAACCGCGAUGCGACGGAAGGCACCCAGCCCACCCGGCGGCCCCUCGCCGACCCCCUUUCUCUCUCGCGCGCGGUCAGCAUGUCCACCGAGCCAGACAGCUACAGACAGCCGCUCCGCCGGGUGGAGCUGAAAUUGGGGCCUACACUGGGUCGCCAGGUGCACGUGGAGCCGGAGAAGGGGGUGGAUCUGACGUCUGCACUGCGCGUGCUGCAGGGGAACAUCUCGACGAAUAAGGUGCGGGCGCAGUGGCAUGCGCAGAAGUUCCAUGUGCGGAGGGGCCAGAUGCAGAAGAACUUGAGGAUGGAGCGGUGGCGGAAGCUGUUCAAGUUCUCGUUCAAGGAGACUGUGAACAAGAUCCAGCGUAUGAGGGCGCAGGGCUGGUAA